AUGGAAUUGGAAGGACUGAAAAGAUCUUUUAAACUUAUUCAGUCACACAAUCUUCAAGUAUCAAAAAAGGUAAUGGCAGCCGGUAAGAAGAGUGGAUGUAGAUUGCUACUUGAUUGGGCACAGUCAAUAUCUAACCAUGUCUACUGGUGUGCUGCAAGUAGUGGUGGUGAUGAGAAACUACUUAAGGCUAAAUGGCUAUCAUUGCUGAAUCACAUUUGCAACAUUCAUGAUGGUCAUAGUGAAUUAUUUCCAAAAUGUGAGCAUGGUACUCUUGAGCCUCGCUUAUGGAUAAAGAAAGGAUCUAGAGCAUUUACUGAAUUGGCAUCGAUUGUUGAAAGCAGGUAUCUCAUGAAAGAUAUUGGGAAGCUCAGCCAUGAGAAACAAACAUCAGCUCUUGAAGGUUUUCAUCGAGUUGUUAUACUAUAUGCACCAAAGCAUACACAUUUCUUUUACAAGGCAAUGCAAGCUAGGUAAACAAACAAUAAACAAUGUUGUUUUCAUACUGAAAAUGAUUGCAAGGUGGCACA